AUUCCUCGUUUCUCUGGGAUAUUACACAGCUACCAUCUAAGCUAUUUAACGAUUACUCACCUAGGUAAGUUAUAGUAAUUUACUUCACCACUGGGGACAAGGAUACUCUAACAAGUGAUUGUGUAUAUGUAGAUACCAUGCAGUAGCACAGUAGAUAGGGAUAACUGAGUAACAGUUACUAUUCUUAGGUGUCAUACCUCAUUCAGGCAUACUGUAGUAACAGUGACUGUGUAUUACUGGAUACUAUCUAGUAGCACGGCGGAUAAGAUUACUCUAUUGAACAGUGACUGUUCUUAGUGCUGGGGAAUAAACUGGUGCUUUUUAAAUACCAAAAAUCAUAAUACAGCAAUACUGCAGACAUAUAUUGUCUGAUGGUGUCAAAUGAAGACAGAUGCUCUAGUACCUAAGUGUUCUGAAUGUCAUGUAGUAAUAUUGAGAACAGGUAUAUUCUAGUAAGAACAACUGUUCUUGGUUACAACGUCACACUGCAGACACGGAUACUCUAAUAAUAGUGACUAUCCUUGGGUAUCUCUCAGUCACACUGCAGACACGGAUACUCUAAUAAUAGUGACUGUCCUUGGGUACCUCUCAGUCACACUGCAAACACGGAUACUCUAAUAAUAGUGACUGUCCUUGGGUACCCCUCAGUCACACUGCAGACACGGAUACUCUAAUAAUAGUGACUGUCCUUGGGUACCAUGCAGUAACACUAAAAACAGAGUUACUGUAAUAAUAGUGACUGUCCUUGGGUACCACGCGGUAACACUACAAACAGAGUUACUGUAAUAAUAGUUGCUGCUCUUGGGUACCGUGUAGUAACACUACAGAUAGUAGUUAUCUAAUAAUAGUGGCUGUUCUUGGGUACCAUGCAGUAACACUACAAACACACUUACUGUGAUAAUAGUGGCUGUUAUUUGGUACCACACAGUAACACUACAGAGUUACUGUAAUAAUAGUGGCUGCUCUUGGGUACCGUGUAGUAACACUACAGAUAGUAGUCAUCUAAUAAUAGUGGCUGUUCUUGGGUACCAUGCAGUAACACUACAAACACACUUACUGUGAUAAUAGUGGCUGUUAUUUGGUACCACACAGUAACACUACAGAGUUACUGUAAUAAUAGUGGCUGCUCUUGGGUACCGUGUAGUAACACUACAGAUAGUAGUCAUCUAAUAAUAGUGACUGUUCUUGUGUACUGUGCAGUAACAUGAUCGGUGUAUCUUUUUUGCUAAUGAACUUAAUUUUACAGUUUACAGAUAGGUAAAAUUGUCAAAGUAUGAUAAAACUACAUCUACAUUGAAUUGGAGAAUGUUUGGUUUGGAUGUCACCCACAAGUGGCAUCAUAGGGAUUUUUUGAUUACCGAACACAGAGUUGUAGUGAAUUGUAAAGCAAACUGUGAAUUGUAGACGAUCUCUGCUAAUUUGGAACUAAAUCCUCCAGUUUAUCUAUAGUCAAAGCUGAACUAUGUUCGUUUGAAUUUUGCAACUCACAACAAAUCUGUGUUUAGUGAAUAAACCUCUUAUAGUUUGAUAUUAAUAGUUUAUAACUAUUAUUUGAAUGAAUAUUGCUUUAUUUUCUAGUAAUACCUAUGAUUUGGAUGGUAUGGAGUCUAACCCCGGCACAUCCUUCAAUAAAACCAUAUGCAGCCUUUUCUCUUCCUGCCGGCAUAGUUUGCGCUUACUAUCGAAUGGCUACUACGUUGUGGAUGAAGAUUCGGUUUUGUAUAACGAUGAUGGAAGUGUAGUCAUCAGUCCAACAAAACCUAAUGUAUCCUACAAAGAGAAUUCUGUCAGGUAAGUAUAAAUAUAUGUGAGGUUGGUUUCGGGGGUAAUACUAAAGUUACUUUUUUGAGAUUCAAAAAAAUAUAUAUAUUUUAUUUCCUAUUUAACCAUUUUAGUGAAGGUUCAAAACCUUCAUAUUUAGAUUAGUCUGUAAUCUGCAUGCACAUUUCUCCAAUACAAAUUUACGAGUAUUUCCAGACACAUUUCCAUAUCAAUUUCCUACACAGGAUCUAGGCCGUUCAAAAUGAUUUACCUACAGAAGUGACCAUCAAAGUCUAAGGGAAUUUGUGUAGAUAAAUCCGUUAGAAAGUUUUUCUAACCAUGUUGAAUCAUUUGGAAAGUGUCUUAUAUUGAGGCUUUAGAUCCUUAAAUAAAUACAUCUUUGAGCAGCCCAGUUGGACAAUUCUGAAGAAGUGUUUAUAGUAUAGGAGAAUUCCCAAGGCAUUGAUAAGUUUCCCCAAGAUGAUUCCCAUUGAAUUCAGAUCCCAUUGAGUUCUCAUGAGCAGGAAGGCUGCAUAUAGACCACGGAAUUUAGAAGCUGAUUUGAAGAACAACGGUUUAAUUUUUAUUUAUUUUUUAAAACAGAGGAACGUUUACAUCACCGGAACACAUACAGGCUGGCCCAAAGGUAGGUAUACAUUGAAUCAAUGGAAUUCAUCACAACAGAUUAUAUGGGUAGACAUCCAAAUUGGCAGUUACAUUUCAGGCAUUUAAAUAUCAUUGUGGCAGUCAGAAAGGAAUGUUGCAACGUUGAUGGAAGACGUUUCAAGCACUUAUGAGAUUAAAUAGUGUUAAAUAAAUAGAAUUGUAAUACAAUUCAAAUAAACUAUACGGUAUACCUAAGUUUGGGCCACCCUGUAUAAACUGGAUUCUCUAUAGGAAAAGGCUGGCAACUUUUGGACUUAGAACAAGUACAAAUAAGUGGCUUUUUUAGGGCACAAAAAUCACCAAUCUCUGUGUCUAUGAGCCUACUCAUAAGGCAGUGUCUGAAGGAUGUAAUUGCAGCUACCCUCAUUAUGACCUGCACAGCAUAAUGAAGCGAUGACAGGAGAUAUGUGCAUGACACAGUGUCCUUAUUGUCACCAAUACCUAACCAGUCUGUGCUAUCCUGAGUCCCCUCUUUUAAAAAAAUAUGUUUUUAUUAUAUACACUACAUUCGUUGUUAUUAGAAUCUCUCACAUUACUCAUAAAUAACAUGGUACCCUAAUGUUAUGCACGCAGAAGAUGUAUUUAAAAUAUACUGCAGUCACCAGCCGGGCAGAAUUUACAUAUAAGCCCCAGAGCACAUACCGAGCAUGCGCAUUCACAUAUCAGUCUGACAGUAUUGACUGUCCAUUCACAGCACCAGCAUCAAGCCCAGAGCACACAACAGCCACCUCAAUCACUAUCAAAUGAACAACAUUAAAGGACCACUGCCGGUCUGGAUGGAGAGGAAGGGGUUAAACUUACCUCUUUCUCCAGCGCCGGGCAGGGAGCUCUCCUCCUCUUCGGCUGAAUGCGCAUGCGCGGCAGGAGCUGCGCGCACUUUCGGCCAGUCCAUAGGAAAGCAUUCUCAAUGCUUUCCUAUGGAUGCAAGCAUCUUCUCACUGUGAAAAUCACAGUGAGAAGCGCGGAAGCGCCUCUAGCACAUACCAAUAAUUAUUUGAUUCCUUUACCUAAUUAGCUUUUGAUAUGUCUAGAAGGAUAUCCAAGUAUCUGCUGCCUUUCUACCAAGCCAAAUAUCCAGAAAUUAUUUUACCUGUUCCCCUUUAAUAAUAAUGGGUUAGUAACAGUUGGUUGCUUUAUUUGUAGAUCUGUUCAUGGGAUGCUUGGAAAUAAAAAAAAUUUAAUAAAGUUAAAAAAAUUUAAAAUUAUUCUCUUGCAACAAAUAUCAGAACAUGCCAUAGGAAAGGCUUUGCUCUAUCUGCCAGCCCACAAUGCAAUCACUGUUGUGAGUUGGGGUACAGUGCUUUGAGGUAUUAUUAAUCCUUACAAUGGCUUUGUUUUACCCAGGAUCUUUCGAAAGAGGCGUAAACAGUUAACGCUAAGACAACUCGAAAUUGACAAUAUGGAGUGCAAGGAAUCAGAUCUAGAGGAUGACGACUGGGAUCGUCAGAGAGGAGAUUACAACUUCAGUCGAGGUCAGUGAUGUUUAUUAUCCCACAUUGUAAUAUCCAUCCACAGUGAUGGCAGAAAUAUUCCACCCAAGAGAAGAAGUAGACACAAAUUGUCCACUUGUUUUACUACAAUAAGAGCACUGUUGAAAAUCGAUUUUAGUUGGUGGAGUUCUGAAAACUCCAGAAAAUCAUUCCAUAAGUUAGCACCCACUCCAUAAUUUGGUACAUAGUGAGUUUACCGAGUACGUUAUAUCUCACAGGAUAAGAAGUUGGAGUAUAGCGAGUAAAUCUUCCCAAUACUGUCAGUUAUGGGUAUGGUUCUAUUUAUUCUGUUAGCCCAGGGUUAUUCGCAAAAGUAACAAUUUGAAUUUCAAACUUAAGGCACAAAUAGUCAAACUGGCAACAUUUUCUAAGUCGGCUAUUCUUCCACGUUGGUUACUAUGUCCUUAAAUUUGAAAUUCACACUGUAUGUGAAAAUUGUCGUAAAUUCAAAGUAAAUUUCAUAUAUUAAGGUUUUACUGAAAAUAAAAAUCUUUAAGUCAGCUAUGCUUUCAGUUUGGCAAUUUUGGCAUUAAACUUGUAAUUCACUUAGAAUUCCCGACAGUAUACACAUUAGUGGGCGUGUGCGUAACAUGGAAUUCCAUAGUCUCUGGUCGUUACAGUGCUACAAUGACUGAAACAGCUGCGGCAGUCAUAAUAAUGUGUGUUCAUUUAAUACAAAAUUCAAAUUACAAAACCCAUCACUCUUGUUAUUAUCUACUGUCCACCAGUUUAAAUGGAUAUUCUCAGUACUAGAGUCACUACCACUCAUUAUGAUAGUUAGGUACAAGGAAUAAUUGGGUUCUCCCCCUGUUUUUUAUUAAACCUUUUUGAGAGGUUUCACCAAAAAUGUGCCUUCCUGGCAUUCAAAGCCUGACCCAUCCCCUACAGCUCAAAUAAUAAAGACGUUUUGAGUUCGCAUUAUCUGCACAAAGCUAUCUAACUUUACAGUACAAUUGGCUCUAAGCACUGGACUCACAGUCACUAUCUCCAUUUAGUAGUUUAGUUUACAAUAAUAUGUUGGCAAUAUAAAAAUAAUUGUCUUGUUUUUUUUAGAUUGUCCCUUUAAAGUCCCCAUUAAUGACCUGACUUUCUGCUAUUAAUUUAAACUGCAAUAUACACUACUGAUUCAUUCUGUGUCAUUUAGUAGCUGUAUUGUAUUCAUGUUGCUCAGAGCAAUGUUUAAAUGAGAAUCAUUUUGCUGCAUUCUCCCCUGUUUAACACUUCCUAAAUAAAAUGAGAACUAUAUUGUCCAGCAUUACCCAUGUUUGAAUUUACCUAUGUUAAACAUUUUUGUUCAUUUUAUAACAGAAAUUAUGCCGGUAAAGUCGUAUCCUCUCGGGGUUUUAGUCGAUCCCACUGAAGAUUCGGUCACCGCUGAUGAAAGACAAGACUCCCUGUCACAUUUUUCAUCUGAAGAAUUCCUGAGCAUUAACAAUG